AUGCCUGCGCCGCGGCACGGAGCAGCGGAGGUGGGCAUGGCGGUGCAUCCACUACCUCUCACCCAGCCGCUGCCCGUGGAAGCGAGCGGGGAGACAGAACGGGUGCCAUGUGCUGCUGCUGCUGCUGGCGGUGGGCGGUGCGACAUGUUUGAAGCGGAUGCGGCUUAUAGAGAGAGACGGGCUGCGGCUGAGCGCUGCGCGUACAUGCAACGAUUGCGACGCUUCUUUGAUCACCAUGACCCCACGUGGUCCGAGCAGGAUAUCGCGGCGAUUCUAGACAAUGCGCAGGAAAAAGUGGACGGAUUGAGUCUUUUGUGGCAGGAGCUGGUGGCGCAUUAUGGCCCGGAGCCCGUGAGUCGCGAGGUGCACGGCACACUGCAGGAACUCCUGACGCCGUCCAGUCGGAAGCUCAACACUACCGCCGAACUUGCCGUCAGCCGUGUCAGUAAAGGUGCUCCUGCUCCUGCUACUGCGCCACGGCAAAGCGAAAAGCAACAACAACAACAGAAGCAGACGAAGAAACAGCAGAAAUGUGAUGUCAAGGCGGCGAGUUACUCUCAUUUUAGAGCCUUCUUUGGACUGGGGAGCGAGGAUGAGCUGAAUACCGAAGAGGUGAGGGGUAACGGGCUUGCAUUAGAGUCAGCAUCAACGGCAACAGAAACAGGCAAGGCCGACGUGGUGGCCAUGCAUAUAACUGGCAUGAGCGACGCGCUCUACAGUGUCGCAUCUCCGUCACGUCAGCGGUCUUUUCGCCGUGCUGUCGGGGCGCAGUUGGGCGCGUGGGCCGGCUGCAGUCCCUCUCGCUUUGAGGUUGCGAUGAACAACGGGUGCGUUGCUGUGGUGCGUGUCAGCGGCGAGGGCGGUACAGACAAGCGUUCUAAUGUGGAUCUUAUUGCUGCUGCUGUGCGUAUCGCUCGGUCUGGCGGCGCUUCGCUGCAUCUCAUGAAGGAGAGCUACCGGCGUGACCUUAAGGGCGGGGAUGUCGUCAUGGCGGUCACAGUGACACAGGCGCCUCCAUCACGUGAUGCCACCCUCGCAACAAAGGGGAGUGGCAACGCAGGGCCCUCAGCAGCAGCGACAACAUCAACAGCGAACGAUGGCGAAACUGACAGCGAUACCGAAGAUCAUCGCGUUCACAGCCGCCGCCGCCGCCAACCUUUGGCCUCUGUCUCUUCCCCCACGCCACCGCCGUCCUUCUUCUACCGCGGCUCUCCACACCAGCCCUGCAGCAACGGCGAUGGCCCUCAGCCGCGUUCCACCACCUCCUCUCUCAUUGACAAAAGUCUGCCCCAGCAGCAGCAGCAGCAGCAGGAGCUGAGCCCUGCUCCAUGGCUGGAGGAGAAGCAGAGGUCAUCUGUCAUAUCCAUCAUGGAAAGUGUACACAAAUGCUCCAUUCCAUCUGUGUCUUGUUGUUCUGAGCCGUUGUCGGGUGCGCGGCACAAACAGCCGUCUCCUCGCCACAGUGCAGGGCUGCUGGUGCCCACUGAGCCCCUGUGCUGCAGUGGGUGGCAGAGUGGCACCCAUAGUGAGGUGGACACGUACUCCUUUGAUCCCACACGUACAAGUCGGCUUCCGAGGGCAACGUAG